AUAUAAGCAAUCGAAAUGGAUAGCAUUAACUUUGUGGUCGACCUCAUCGUGACUAACUUUGACAGUCCCGAUAUAGAAGAUUUCAGUAGUAUGCAAAUUGUGGCCAAGUUUGGUGGCACAAAAAUAAUUCUGCCAGCCGACUGCAUAAAUGUGUCCGACUUCAAAACUGGUGCGGGAGUGGAUAUCGCAGCACCAUCGGCAAAGUUGCGCAAAAACCUUGAGGACAAUGGAGUGACGAUGGUGGUCUCAUACAGGAGUAAGACCAUCGGUGCCGGUCAGAUAGCUGUGCCCCAAGACAUCAUAGACAUGAUAGAAGCUGGAAUGUCUGAUCUGUUGUAUGUAGACACCUGCACCAUUGAGAAGGAGGGCGUGUAUGUUGGCAAGGCAGAAGUGCUGUGUCGCAUCGUCAUCAAAUGUGAUGAUCUGGAAAUGGAGGAGGAGAGGAUUGAGUGCGUGCGCAAUGUGGAGAAAGCGAUUAAUAAGCAGGACAUCCUGUUUGUUUUGGGUAAGCCGCAGGAAUGUGCUCGCGUUUGUGAUCCUUGCCAGGAAGUUUUGGAGCCAGAUGAGGGCGAUGAAAGGCUUAAUCUAGAUUUAGGACGCUACAGAAGCUCAGCGACCAAGGCCCAAAGAGUAACUGCGGCAACUACCACAAGUGUGCCCAUAGGAAGCAAUGCCUGCUGUCAGCUAAAGCAAAUGACAAAGGAAUGUGAGAAAAUGAUUAACUCCCUUACCUCUCGCUUUGGCAAGCCAAAGGCUGUAACGUCGCUAUGCUGGGGCCCAGACGGAAAGGAUCUGGGCGGUACUUGCAGUCCCAUCAACCAAUACUAUCAGGAUAGUGCUAUGCCAAGUGAUUUACGUGGUCCAUGCUUCUCCUAUAUACCAGCACGUGAAGGCUACAGUCCCGACUUUUGUGAUCCGACUCUGAUACCAGCGCAAAUCAGUGACAUAAAUAAGCCAUUCAUAAAACCACCUCGCUUUUGUCCCAUCUGCCUGACCAACAUGUCGUGGCUUCCCAGACUGGCUGACUGUCCCAGAUGCGGUGCCAAGGCUAUGCCGGUCAUUGAGGCACGGCAUCGGGAGAAGAAACUCACAUCAGAGCAAAUAAUAUUAGAGGUUUUGGGAGAGCCGAAGCUCGACUCCGAAAUGUGCGAGGAUCCUUGCCAAAAAGCGGAAAGGGAGCGUAGGGAGAGGAGCGAAGGGAAGGAUGGGAGCUUUGGUGGGGGAAGCAACAAAAAGUGCGAGUGCAAGGGUGGCCAAUUUUGUGCCCACUGUCGCAUACGUCAACUCUGUGCAGGCAUUUUUAAAGCUGCCAAAAAUGAAGUAGAAUGCCCCAAUGCUACGCCAAGUGCCUCCGAGGACUUUUGUGUGAAAGUGACUGACCCUCAAGAGUGCACGACACAUUUGACACACGUGUUCUCUGAACUGCGGGACUUGUACCGUAUGAAAGACAUGCAACGUAGAGAAUAUUGUGGACAUAAGCCCGCUAAAAAGCGUCCUUUAAGAAAAAAUAACAGCAAGCAUUAA